GAAAUUUAGGUUAAUCAAUUUUGUUGUGUCUGCUGUGGUUUUCGAAGACUGACGCAUGAUAUUCCUGUUUUCCUUCUGAAAACAAGUAUUCAGCAUCAAAAUGGUGUUCGAAUCCCUUGUUGCAGAUCUCCUAAAUAGGUUUCUUGGUCCUUACGUCGAGAAUUUGGACGCUUCACAGCUGAAACUUGGCAUUUGGUCCGGUGAUGUUGUUCUUCAAAACCUAUUUGUGAAGGAAGGUGCUCUGGAUGAACUUGACCUUCCAGUUAAGAUCAAGGUUGGUAACAUUGGAAAGCUCACCCUGAAGAUUCCAUGGAAGAACAUCUACUCUGCUCCAGUCGUAGCCACUCUUGAAGGAUUGUACGUUGUUGCAGCCCCAAAUGCUGAUAUCAAGUACAAUGCCGAAAAGGACAAGAAACAGAAAUUUGAAGCCAAGCAAAGAACUCUACAGAGAGUGGAAGAUGCCAAGACCAAAGAGAAAGAAAAGGAUAAAGUGAAAGACCCCAAGGCAGAUUCCUUUGCUGAGAAGCUCGCCAUGCAGGUCGUCAAGAAUGUCCAGGUGAAGGUUUGUGAUAUUCACAUCAGAUACGAGGACAGGACGACCAAUCCCAAGGCUCCGUUUGCUCUCGGGGCUACGCUUCAAAACAUCUCAUUGGAGACAACCGAUGAAAAUUGGCUUCCUUGUGUUGUAGACCAAACAGUCCAGCUUGUACAUAAGAUGCUUCGACUUGAUUCUCUAGCUGUCUACUUCAACACAGGGUCUGAUAUGUAUACCACCAAGGAUAGGCAAGAAAUGCUGGAUAUCAUGAAGAGCUCUAUUGGUACAGAAGGCAGUAUACCAAAGGGAUAUCAAUACUUGAUAGAGCCCAUCUCAUCACAAGCCCAGCUAAGGCUCAAUCCCAAACCAGAGUCCAACCUAUCUGUCCCUCAAGCCUAUGUCAACUUGGUCAUACAAAGCAUUGGUGUGGCUCUCCGUCGCAAACAAUACCGAGAUGUGAUGCAGCUGCUGGGAUCGUUUGAGCGAAUGACUCGCAACGAACCGUUCAGGAAAUACAAGCCAGAUGUUCCCCUCCACGGACAUGCAAAAGAAUGGUGGCACUAUGCUCAGAACAGUAUCUUGGAGGAGACCGUCAGACGGAGACAUCGUAUGUGGUCGUGGGCCCACAUCAGCAAACACCGUAACCUGGUCAAAGAUUACAUCAGUCUGUACGUCAGCAAGCUGGACACCAACAAACCUUCCAAAGAUCUUCUCAAGAAACUUGAGGAUAUGGAGAAAGAGCUUGACGUAUUCAACAUCACGCUGAGCCGACAACAGGCCGAGGUAGAGUUCAAGAAGAAGGGUUUGAAGAAGAAGAAAGAGAAAGCAGAGAGCGGAGGAUGGCUCGGAGGAUGGUGGGGUGGAGGAAAGAAAGAUAAGAAGAAGAAGGAGGAAGAUGAAGAUGACCUAUCAUCUAUUGCUGAUAAAUUCCAGGAGGCUAUGACAGAGGACGAGAAAGCCAAGCUGUAUUCUGCUAUAGGAUACAGUGAGACUUCCGUUAAUACUACUCUACCUAAAGAUUAUGUUGGAGUGGAUGCAAACUUCAAGUUGUUGGAAACCAGUGUCAAGCUCUAUGAGGAUGACGAUGAUGAAUUACAGAUCAUUAACCUUGCUGUCACAGACCUAGGUGCAGUCUUCAAACAACGACCAGCAGCAGAAGCAAUCAAGCUUGACCUGCAGCUUGGUGAGUUCAGUGUCCUUGGAUUGCCAAACAAUGGACAGCGCCCUCAGAUGGUGGAGUCCCAGGUCACUCUGGAAGAUGAGAAGGUCUCCGAAGUCAGCCUUCAGUUUGAGACCAAUCCUAUGGACGGCAAAGCUGAUCAACGUAUCAUCCUACGGACGCAGCCUCUCAAAGUGGUCUACGAUGCGAAUACAAUCAACAGUAUAGCAGCUUUCUUCAAACCCCCACAAGAUGUCAGGCUGGACGACCUGUCCGCAGCCGCGAUGUCCAACCUGACGGAACUUGGCUCCACCUCAACGACAGGUCUACAGUUCAUGGUGGACAACAAGCAGAUCCUGGAUAUCAAUGUGGAUGUCAAGUCUACCUAUGUCAUCAUCCCAGAGAAAGGUGUAUUUGAUGGCUCGGGAUCGGUGCUCGUUGUGGACCUUGGAAAUAUCAAAAUGAGAACGGAAAGUGAGGAGAGACAUGUAGGAGAAAGAACAGAGAAUGAAUCACUUGAGGAUCUCAUGAGAAAGGCCUAUGACCGAUUCAAUCUUGAUGUUCAGGAUGUUCAGGUUAUCUUCGCUCCUAAAGGUGAGGAUUGGCAAGCCAUUCGUAAGCAGCACGGAUCCCCUCUUCAUCUCCUUCAGCCAAUGGAUCUUCAUAUCUCAUUACAGAAAUGUAUGGUAGAAGAUGUAAGACUUGCCAAGAUGAAAGUGACUGGUGAACUACCUGAUGUAUCCAUCACCCUAUCAGAUCAUAAGCUGAAGCAGCUGCUUGCCCUGGCUACCAGUAUACCCUUACCUGAGAGUGAUGAACCAGAAGCACCUACAGCCAAGAAAGAUAGCAAGGGUGUCUCGGGAGCAGGAGGGACAGCCAGAGGAGGCCAGCAAGGCUCGUCCGCCUCCGGUGAGACGUACGCAGUAGGGAGGGGCAUUUCAGACAGUAAACUCAUGGCAGUAGCGGGAGAUGACAGUGAUGAUGAAUUUAUGUCUGCUGACGAGGGGUCGAGUCCAACGCGUUCCAAGAAGAAACAAGCCUUACAGAGACAGGAGAGCACCAGCGUCUACAUGAGAUCGGACGUGGAGCUCCAGUUUGAACUGAAGAGAGUUGCUCUGAACCUGGAUCAGGUGGAUGCGGAUGGAACGGAGAAACCUGUCCUUGGUGUGGCCAUCCAUUCCUUGGGAGCCAAGGUGGAAGUCAGACCUUUUGAUAUGAACUUGGAGCUGUCCCUAGGGAGUAUAGCAGCACAGCAUCAUAAAUUCCAAGUACCUGGAUCUGACAAGUUGUAUCUGAUUAGAACACCAGCUUACGAUGAGAAAGCAGAGAGACUCCUAUCUGUCAAAUAUCAUAAGAUUGACAAGAACAACCCAGAGUUUGCCACCACCUACAAGUCAACAGAGCAGACGAUCACGGCUCACUUCACCACCCUAGAGGUAGUAGCUCACUGUGAAGCCAUCCUGGAUAUCACUGAGUUUGCGGAUACCCUGGUGGCCAGUCUGGACCAGGGCAAGGCACCGGCCACUGAGGAUGGACAGGUAGAGGACGAGGGAUACAGCAGUGAGGACGAUAAGAAACCAGAACGCAAGCGAACCAAAGGAGUAAAAGCAACUGAUGCCAUCGAUGUCCAGGUUGUAGCCACUCUAGACACCAUUGCUCUCGUAGUGUGCACCCAAGAGGCUAGUCUAACAGAGGUGGCUGUCAAAGGACUGGAGGCCAAUGUGACUGUUCAGAAACACAAGACUUGUGUGAAUGCAUGUCUACAGGAUAUCACUGUGGUUGAUCCCACACCAGAUGCCAUUCAUCCAAGGAUUCUAUCAACCUUAGAUAAAGAGGUCUUCCAGAUGGCUCUGACCCUGUACAACCAUGCUACAGUAGGUGAGCUGUAUUCAGACAUGAAUGCCGUUGACAUGAGGGUAGGAUUGAAGGUGGGGUGCAUCCGAGCCGUCUUCCUCAACAAAUUCGUCAAUAAUCUUCUGGGUUUUGUUGAUAACUUCAACCGUGCCAAGGCACUUGCUGCUGAGGCCGGGGCGAAUGCAGCAACUGCAGCCCAACAUGCUGCAGAGGACAUCAACGCGAAAGCAACACGCAUCGCAAUGGACAUCGUGGUCAAGGCACCGGUCAUCGUCAUCCCAAGUAACUCUACGUCCGAGACAGGUCUGGUUGCAGACUUUGGUCAGUUGAGCGUGAAGAAUUCUUUCAGUAUAGUGCCUGGUUCGGAAACCCUUGAGAACCCAGCUGUGAUAGAUUCCAUGCAUGUCGCCUUGGAGUCCAUGAAGCUGUCUCGAGCAAUCAUCCAGCAGGAAGCUGUGAAAUCAGAAGUACCCAUUCUUCAUCCCAUGUGUCUACAUGUCACCUUGGCUAGGAACCUGUCUGCGGCCUGGUACCAUGGUGCUCCGGCUAUAGCUGUCUCAGGGAAACUUGAAGCCAUUCAGAUCUCCUUGGCCACUGAUGACUUUGGCAUAGUGAUGUCGGUCCUGAAUGAGAAUCUGCAGGAAGGACAGCCAGAGAGCAAGCCAGCUGUGAAACCAGUCCAGGGUGCAGGGGAUGCACCUACUGCUGCUGAGGGUGGAGCACCCAAGGAAGGGACUACCACUGAAACCACUGCAGCAGAAGUGACACCCAGCAGCAAGCCAGAAGAAGAGAAACCAGCCGAGGAACCAUGGGUUCAGGUCAAAGCUGAUUUUGAGAUGGAGAAGAUUGGUGUCUCCCUCUAUACAGGAACACAUGACCUGACUGCACUGAGUGGCACCCAGGAGAGACAAGCCAAGAAUAUUCUGGGUCACUUUGCCGUGUGUCGGUUGAUUGUAGGAGCUACUGUCAUGUCAGAUCAGGCUGUAGAGGCCAAGACCAAGCUAGGUGACAUCCUUCUGAAUGAUAUGAGGUCCUCCAAUCCCAAUGCCAUUACGAGAAUGAUAUACAGAUAUGGGGAGACAGAUGAGAACAUUGUGGAUGUGGACUUCAAGAUGUCUGCCAAGAAAGCUAUCAAUUUGGAUGCCAUCCUGCGCAACCUACGCGCCUGCAUCUGCUCUGAAUUCCUGGUGACCUGUGCAGAGAUCUUCACCAAGGCUCUUCCAUCGGAUGCUGCGGCCCAGGGCACCAAGUCCAGCACCAGUUUAACCUCCAAGCCAUCUACCACUAGCAGUCAGACCCCACCAGCAGCUCCAGCUGAAGAAUCCCCCAAGAAUGACAUGCAGAUCAAGGCCGUCCUGCAGGAUCCCGAGAUCAUCCUAGUGGCUGAUUCCACCUCUAUGGACACCAAUGCUCUCGUUCUACAGACUUCUGGUGAAGUGAACCUGAUCCAAUCUGAUGGUACAAUGAAGAUGUCUGGAGGAUUACCUGUGCUGAGGAUCGAUGCUUGCCCAUUCAAGGAAGAGCUCAGGAAAGGCAGAACCAGCAAGGUUCUUGUACCAUGCCACAUUGACUUCCAUCUGAGUUCUCCAGAAGGUCAAGGUCAAAAGAUCUCAGUUGACCUCCCAGAGCUGGUACUCAACAUCUCACCGGAAACGGUCAAGAUUCUCUCAGCUGUUGCUCAAACUCUCUCUCCAUCCAAGGCUGAAGAAGAAGAAGAGAAGAAGAAGGCUGUUGAUAUGUCAGAUGUGUGGGAUGUCAAAGCUCUCAAAACGAGUGAUUUCUGGUUCUUACAAGAUGAAGAGAUUGACGUGGAUGACCUUAGCCAAGUCCUGUCGAUGGUUCCUGCCAUACCACCUCCCCAGCAAGUAGAAGAGCUAGUAGCUAACAUCAAGACCAUCGUAGUGAAGAUCGAGGCUGCUCAUGGACGUCGCUUUGUCCCCAUGCUCAUCCUCGAGGCCAGCAUGCAUGCCAUCGUCAAGGACUGGUCCUCUCGGUUGUAUGUUGAGAGCCACAUGAAGGUGGAAGUAUCAACAUACAAUGAGAAGGUUGCAGCGUGGGAGCCAUUGAUUGAAUCCAUUGAGCAGGCUAAUGAGAAGUACAUCCCAUGGAGUCUCUCUGUUACUGUUGUCAAGAAUGAUGAUCUUCUGGAUGCUGGGUCAACAGCCAUAUCAUCAGAAGACGAGGACAGUGAUAAUGUGAAUCUUGCUCCUCCCGCCAUGACGGUCAGUGUGUCUGCUGAGGAAACACUUCAGAUGACCGUCACCAAGACCUCACUUGCACUCUUUACUAAACUAGGACAGGUGUUUGGCGAAGCAAUGGCAGAACCGACAACAUCCUUGAAAGAUACCGAUGUCAUCCCGGCUUGCACUGUCAUCAACCAAACGGGAGUAGCCAUUACUGUCAAACCCGGUUCUUACUACGAGAGUCCCAAGUCUGGAGAUGUCGUUUCCGUAAAGCAAGCAGAGAGCAUUGUUCUUGAUGUAUCGGAUAGAGUUAGAGCAAGCAAGAAGAUGGCUUUGGUCAAUAAGUCACCCAUCUCACCAUCAGAUAUGGAACUAUCCAUUCAGGUUGAGGGGUAUGAGGAGCUUCGUCGUAUCCCGAUAGUCCAAGCCGGUAGUGUCCUCUACAACCUGCAACCCGUCAAGAAAUCAUCAGAGAAGAUCACCUCUAUCACCCUGGAGAUCAAAGCGACCCUUGACAUGAGACAGGUCAUCAUAAGGUCACCACUUCAGAUCUUCAAUCACUUUGACAAACCAGUUGACAUCUAUACCAGAGUAUCAACCCAUGUGGACAAGCUAGGUGGUGUUCAACCCAAUGAAAGCUUUGUAGUACCCCUACAUAUAGCUCACACGCAAGAACUGCUUGCUAGACCAGUAGAUGAAAGCUAUCUGAUGUGUGAUCAGCCCAUCCUGUAUGAGAACCUAUGGAAAGAUAAAACAUCUGGUGGUAAAAAGCAGGUCACGUUCCGAUGUCCUGCAAAGGUUGAUGGAUACACACCGUUCUUCUUCAAUGUUCAAAUUCUUGAAGAUGUUUUACGAGAUGUCGAAGGAACAUCGCUUCAUUCUCCAAAGUACAACAUCCACCUCCACCCAGUAGUUACUCUGAGGAAUCUUCUACCCAUCCCCAUAUAUUACACACUACAGGGGUCAGCAGAUGAGGUUAAGAUUGAGCCAUGUGAGCAGAGCAAGAUGUUUAAUGUGGAGCUUGCCAAGACCAUGAUGUUUGUCAGGAUUGAAGGCUACAAUAACCUGGAGUGGCGCGGUGAGAUGACCCUGCGAACGACCCUUCAGGAGUAUUCACAGCUUGGGUUCAGAGGACCUAACAACAAGUGGACAGAGGCUGGUGUAUGGUAUGAUUAUAGCCAGGGAUUCAUUGAUAUGGCUAUGUUUGUACCCUACACGCUCAUCAACAAGACUGGAUUACCCAUCGCCUACAAGGGAGGAGGAGAGGAACAAAUAGAUCAUCCUGCCGAUAGAGAGGAACCAAUCUUCUUUUCUUAUCCAUCGAAAGUCUUCAGCCCUGGCAAGAAUAAGAUCCAACUGAAAGUUGGGGAGUCGCAAUGGUCAGACAAGUUUUCUCUGGACACAGUGGGCAGUUCUGGGUUCAUUUCAUGCAAGCUGUCCGGUAAAGAUUAUGAGGUUUUAGGACUAAUGCUUGCUCAGGGAAGUGGCAUACGGCGACCAAAAAAAUACAAUAUCAGUGUUCAGAUUCAGCUGAGUAACUUGGGAUUCUCCAAAGUGGUAAUGUUCACACCAAGAUAUCUCUUAGUCAACCAAACCCACUAUGAUAUCCGUUGUGCUGAACCCAAUGGAACAUUCCAUGAUGUAGCUGUUGGACAGUGUGUACCUUUUUGGCCUGUUGACAAGAAAGAGAACAACAAACUAGUGGUGAUGAAGAAAGGAGGGGCGGAGACAUCUCUUCCGUUUGAUUUCACAGAGCCGCAGACGACAGUACUCAGACUCCAAGAGGUGGGUGGUAUCAUUGUUGAGAGCCAGGUAACGGAGACGGCCACUGUCAUCGCUUUCAGAAGCUUUGCUGUCGGUCACUUCACCACUCAACUGGUCAACCAUACUGCUGAUGUUCCAAUCACCUUCAAUCAGUUCGGAGUUGAAGAGAAGCAGUUCUUGGCUCCUGGAGAGACCAGUCUGUAUACAUGGCAGAACCCUACUGGAAAGAGACAACUUGUAUGGACAGUGGACGGUAGAGAUAGCAAGAAUGAACUCAAUAAGAAUGCAUGCAAUACUACAUGUGCCAUUUCAGAUGGCAUUGGAGAAAUUAAGCAGUCAAAUAAGAAGCUGUUAUACUGGGUGUCUUUCCUGAACGGUACUGGCAGAGUCAUACUCUUUACUGAAGAUCUAGCCAUAGCUACCAAAUCUCAACAGGCUGCAGAAUUAGAACAGCCUGAUUUGGAGUUGUUAGUCUCACUUCCAGGCAUUGGUCUUUCUCUUGUCAACAACAUAUCAAGAACAGAAGUAGCAUACAUUGGCCUCAUCAGCUCUGGGAUCAUCUGGCAGAACAAGGUCCGUCGUCGAUACAAGGAUCUCAGCAUGAAGGAGAUGAAGAGCUUAGAGGAAGGAUUCGUCAAGGCAGGACUAGAUGCCAGUGAUCAGAAGGAUCUUCCACCCAGAGUUUACAAGUUAGAUUAUGGCAUGGAGGUUGACUAUGGACGUAUGUUGAUGCUGGCCCCUAAGAAGCAGCAGCUAAGACGUACCUACCAUUCGGGUGUGUGGGCCCAAGUGCGUACCUCUAAGCAUCAGCUUCAGCUUCAUCUGACCAUCAACAGACUACAGGUGGACAAUCAGAUGCCGGCUGCUAUCUUCCCUACCCCGGUGGCUCCCGUACCCCUCCCUAAGACAGUGGCAGCUGAGAAUGCCCCUAAACAGCUUCUAGAGUUCAGCAUGAUGGUUCGUUUCUCGGAGCACAGUACGGUCAAACAGAUCAAGUACCUCAAGCUUUUGGUCCAAGAGAUGGCGGUCAAACUGGACAUGGGAUUCCUGGCCAACAUAGCAGCCAUCUUCCAAUCGGAUGAAGAACAAGUCAUUGAUAGGGUUGCUCUGCUUGAGUUGGACAAGGAGCUAAUAAGAUUAGAGUUAGCCGAUGCUGAGUAUGUCAAGGUUGCUUUGGCCAAAGACUUCAACUUCUAUGAUUCAUUCCAUCUCUCUCCACUUAAGAUUCAUGUGAGUUUUUCUCUGUCAGAGACCGGCAAAGAGGAUAAGUCUUUAUUGAGUGCCCAGGCCAACGCCCGUCAGAACGCCCUCAAUCUCCUACUACAGAGCGUUGGGGUCACCCUGACCAACGUAGAUGAUGUCAUCUUCAAGCUUGGUUUCUUUGAGAGAGAGUACCAGUUCUACAGCCCAGAGCAGCUAUCAUCGGAGGUAGUUCGCCAUUACUCCAAUCAGGCCAUCAAACAGCUCUAUGUCCUCGUUCUUGGUCUUGAUGUGAUUGGUAACCCAUUUGGUUUCGUCAGAGGAGUAGGAACUGGUGUCAAAGACCUCUUCUAUGAACCAUAUCAGGGAAUUGUACAAGGUCCUGAGGAGUUUGCUGAGGGUGUAGCUCUUGGUAUGAGGAGUCUCUUUGGACAUGCAGUUGGUGGUGCAGCAGGAGCUGUAUCCCGCAUCACUGGAACCUUGGGUAAAGGUCUGGCCGCACUCACCAUGGAUGAAGAUUAUAAGAAGAAGAGACAACAAGCUAUCAAUCAAAGACCUGCUACAUUCCAAGAGGGUCUAGCCAGAGGUGGCAAGGGUCUUGUUAUGGGUUUCUACGAAGGUGUGAGUGGCGUUGUUAAGAAUCCAUUUGAAGGUGCCAAGAAGGAAGGAGCUAAGGGAUUCUUCAAGGGUGUUGGCAAGGGUCUGGCUGGAGUGGUAGCCAAGCCUACUGGCGGUAUCAUUGACUUUGCCAGCGGGACCUUUGAGGGAAUAAGAAGAGUUGUAGAAUCCGAGGUUGAGAUCCGGAAGCUGCGUGAACCUCGCUACAUCGGUGCAGACGGUAUCAUCCGAGCCUACAACAAGUCCAUGGCUCUCGGCAACUCUCUCCUCCUCCAAGUAGACAAGGGAAAAUAUGCUCAUACAGAGGACUACGUUGCUCACUUGCAGGUCACACCGGACAAGAAGAGUUACGUACUAGCUACAGACAAGCGGUUGAUCUACACCUUACGCGGUGACAUGCUUGGCCAAUGGAACGUGGAGUUUGAGUUCCUAUAUACCAACCUAAAAGAACUACCAAAGAUUACUGAGAAAGGAAUUCUCAUCGAACCAAAGGAGAUAAAGAAAAAGAAGGAGAAGCAGGAAGCGCCAAAAGGAAAGGGUCCUCUUGGAAGAGGAUUUGGUAAUCGUUUAGGAAGCCUGAUUAGAGGCAAGCAAGGACCUGGCAAGAUAGUACACAUAUUAGAUCAGAAAUCUGCUGAGGUAUUUGUAUCGAAGGUUCACUUUGCUAUUGCCAAGGCAACGGACGCAAUAUGAGUUCACUCAACCCCUGCAACGUGUACAAAACUUGUAUUUUUCAUAACCAUAUAUCAUGAGAACAUAUUCCUUUGUAGUGAUAUCUUUUGUUACUUUUUAAGAUAGUCAAACAUGUUGAUCUACACCUUUAAUCUUUCAAAAUAUUUUCCAUAUGUAAAUAUGGAAGUCUUGUUUUUGUAGAUAUUUUGUUUUUAUAAUUGAAUUUAGUAAAUGUAUCACAUAGAAUGGUUGUGAUUGUCAAAUUCUUAGAAUGUAGACUUAUAUAAUUGCGAGUUGGGGAAGUGAAUUGAAGUUGUUUGUUGCCUAUUGCAGAGAGAGUUGCAGUUAACACAAUAAAUCACUUGCAAGUCCCCAAUACACGCGUUUUAUUGGUUAAAAAUCAAGUUACAUUUCAUCAUAACGCUUUAUGUAACAGGCCCCUCAUCGCCAAUGAUUCAGAUGGACAUUUUUAAUUAGGCUUCUUCAUUCGAUAACAUUUUCUGUGCUCAUAACUGCUUGCCACUUUGUGUGAAUUUAAUGGGAUAAAAUGAGAAAUAGAAAAUACAUUUAUUUCAAGUCUAGAAUUCGAGUUUAAAGGAUGAUAGUAUGUUAUCAUGGUCAUUUCGAAUGACUUCAAAUUUAAUUGAGAAAGGCAUGUCUCUUGUUCCAAAAUAUGCUGUAUUUUCAUAUGGUGACUGAAUUUUAGGACAAAAUAUGCAUUGCUAAUGAUUAUCACGUGAUUUUGUCAAUGAAAGAGAGGAUGUGGAUUUUACCCUUAAGUUCUUGCCUUUCCUAAGCAUACUAUCAAAACCUGUUAUUUUGUAAAAUAUGAUAUUGAUAUGUACAAAUCACAAAUGAGAGAAAUAAUUCUUUGGAAAGAUGUGAGUAAGAUGCAUUGUGGCACAGUGGAUUAGUCUCCAGACUUUGAAACAGAGGGUCAUGUGUUCACAUCCCAACCAUGGUGUAAUUCCUUCAGCAAGAACUUGAUCUACAUUGUGCUGCACUCAACCCAGGUCAGGGUACCGGGAAGGAUUAAUUCCUUGAAUGCUAGAGCUAAAGUUGGGGUAAUAUAUAGUGCGCCAUUGAAUUAGCAACUAGAUGAUUGGCGCCCUAUAAAUGCUAUAUAUUAUUAGGAAGAUUUGAACAUCAUAUAGGUAAUAUUAUCAAUAGUAAACUUGUGUCCACUUUUAUAAUUUAGGUAUUUUUAAGUUUUUUAGACAGCUGAACCAUAGAAUCUGUUUGAGGCUGAUCCUAAUCAACAGUACUAAAACUGUAAAAUGGUACAAUAUCCCAUUAUUUAAUGGGAAUUCUAUUUUUUCCUUCAUAAAGGGUGUGUGAAUGACUAUAAACAGUUCAAGAAUUUGUAAAUACGUAUCCCAAGUUAACAAUUUAACAAUGAAUUUUCCCAAUUAAAAUAAAGGAAACUAUGUUUAGGGGGACUGCAGUAACAUCUUUUUUUAUAUAACUGAAAUGUAAAUACCUAUUAAUCAUUCUGCUGAAGUGUGGAUGAAAGGUAAUACAAGUUUAUCAUGCUUUAACCCAUAGAGAUGUAUAGCUCUUGUAACGUUGCUUUCCUCCUUAUAUUGACAAUUGUUCAAUUUUGAAUACAUUUUUAUGCAUGCUUCUUGAUAUGACUUAGUUAAAAAUGCCAAUACAGUGUGUAAUGAUAAAGCCUAUUAAAGCUAAACAGCUUCUGUUCUGGAACAGUGUCACAUACUGCAUUUAAGAUGUAAUCCACUUUUUAAAAUAAUUCAGUGUGUUGCUGUACCUUCGUUGGUUUAUGGAUACAGGUGAAUUGAUUCGAGGUGUAAAAUAUGUUUGCUGUAUUUUAUACACUAUUAGUCUUUUGUAAUCUCUCAUCUGUAGGCGUGGCCAGAAAGGGGUAGAGUCAAGCAACCAAUUGCCCUUGUUAUAAAGGAAGAUCUCAGACUUCUGUAUGUAUGCGGGCCACAGUGCAAGCGCUGCUUAUGGGAUGGGGGCAGUUUCAUUAAGGAUCUUGUCAUUAAUUUUCACAUUUGUUCUGAGCCAAUCAGAAUCUUUGUUCAUGCAGAGGAGAUCUCUGCUACAGAACUUUGCUAGCUUGUUGUUUUGAAAUUGUACAUUUGUUUGUGAUUCUAGAUAAUUUCAAUGCUUUGUAAUUCCUUUUGAUGUUUUGUAUGUCUUUUUACCAGUGCAUGGUCUUGAUUGUUUUUGUAUAUAAUUUGUGUUUUGUGUUUGAUUUUGCCAGGGAUGGGAUGAAUCUGCCAUUUAAUUACCCAAAUUAAAAUCGGUCAAAUUAUUUUAAUGAUGAGUAUUUUGUUCAGGCUCAGGCUUGCAAAUUCCUCUUUAGACAAAAACUUCUGCUGUCUAUUCCUCAGUUCAAUUUUCAUGUUUGUUAUAGAAAAAAAAAGUUAUUGUUUAUUUCAUGGAAAGUUGAUUGAAAAACAAUUGAUACAGAAUGACAGGGUCCCAUUUAAUGUAUAUACUAUAUUAAUUAAUAUGAUUGAAGAAGGGUAAUGUUGUAUUCUAUGAUUUAAAUACAUAGCUUGCUAAUCAAUUUUUGGAAUUUGAUGAAUAUUAAUAUAUUGGUAAUACUUAUUCUGAUAAAUCCAUGCAUGCAUUUUGCUACAAAACUAAUCCAUCAAAUCAUAAAUUUUAAUUUCUAAUACAUUCCUGAUUUUAAAUCAGUUUGCUGUAAGCUAUAAGCUAGCAAAUCUAAAUAAUGAAAUAAGUCAAAGACAGACUAAAAGCAGUUCAAUUUUAGGGGAAAUUGUCUCUAUUGUUGCUGUGAUGUGCAAUUUUUGUUUUAUGAUGCAAAUUUGUUGUUGACAAACCUCAAAGGUAUUGUAUAUAUUCAUUCUGUUGUAGGAUCUUUAAAACCAGAAUUGCAAUUAACCACUAUACAAUUUAAUUGAAUAAACUAGUAUAAUUAUCUAAGGCAAAAAUCAAGCCAACAUAUAAUGUGGUCUUCUGAGUUAGAAGGUAGAAAAUGGAAAUUAUUGUUCAUGUACUAUUUUGGACCAGUUGGCAUCACAUUUACUGUAAAAGCACUUUGCAGUAUGUGGAUCUACUUUGGUAACAUAUCCUUAUUCUAGUUGGAUCUAUGUUGUGUCUGUUCAUAGAAAAGCUUUUUAAAGGUUAAGUCCACCCCAGAAAAAAAAAAUGAAGAAAAAUCCUAAAAAUUCCAUCAAAAUCAGAUGGAAAUUGAGAAAGUUAUGACAUUUUAAGGUUUCGCUUGUUUUUCACCAAACAGUUAUAUGCCCAACUCGGUGAUGUGCAAAUUAGAGUCACAGAGAUUCCUAACUAUUUCUUUUGAAGCAUACAAUAUUCACAUUUUUACAGAUUUGACAAUAAGGACCAUCUCGUUUGAACUAUAAAAUGUUACAACAAUGUAAAUUCCACAUGUUCAGGGAGGAAUGAAACUUUGUUUCAUAGUAUAAUAAGGAGAAAGUACUUCAUAUGAAAUACAGAAGAAAUGAGUGAAUAUCAUCAGUCCCCUAAUUUGCUUUGUGAAUCUGUUACGUGAAAUUAAGCAGAACGUUAAAUGUUAUUUCACACCAGAUUUUGAAAAAUGAAAAUAUGGUUAUGCCCAUUUGAUUCAAACCAACAUUUUUUGUUGGGGUGGACUUGUCCUUUAAUAUGCUGUGAUAAUCUUUAUAUCAAGAAUUGAAUUUCUUUGAGAAGUGUAAUAAAAUAAUGUAUGUGUAUUAUU